ACAUAUUUCCACGGCAUGCCAGUUGAUGACAGGGACUCGAGCCGCGGAGGAAGCCCCUCUGCGCCUCGUAUGCUUUCACCGACGCUCACCUCGUUGGCUUUUACGGCGGAUGCACGCUGGCAUCCCAUCAUCGGGGACUCGCCAAGGGGGGCGCGGAAAGUUCACCUCCAAGUCAGUGCGCGUGCGUGUGUGAGUGAAUUCAUGUGUGCUCAGUCGGUCUGUCUAAUAGAGUGACCCCCCAGCGCGCUGUUUAAAGGGAAGACGAGAGAGCUGAGUCAACGAAUCACAAGGCGCAGGAUGCAACAGUUGAUGUGCGCGAGGAGCACGGCUCUUGUGUUUGGAGGCACGCGGAGGAUGGUGGCUCUGAGAUCGGAUGUUUGGUCGCUUUAAAAAAAAAAAAAAAAAAAAAAUCAUCUGUCAGAUAAAACCCGAGAAUUAAGCAAAGGUGUGCCCGUUCCGACAGCAGUGGGUGUUAGUUGCGGACAGCCCGCGCGCCCGCGCCCGCACGCGCGCGCGCGUCUUUCUCGCCGAAAUGGCCAUUUGGACAGAAACGCAUUUGGAGGGACUUCAUGCUCUGCUGGAAUGAAGUUGAAGUGGAUGGUCUGCGGCGGCGAGUAGCAGUGCAGUCUGCGCCAACAUGCAUCGGAUUCUGCAGCGGAGGCGAGUGCGCAAGCUGCGGGUCGUCUGGGCUUCUCUGGCCCUGGUGGCGCUGUCUCUGGCCGCGUGCAGCGCGCUGUUCACGGCGUGGACUUGGCGACAGACGCGGGACCUGUCCCAGUCCUUUAAGAUCCUGCAGGACCGUAUGGAGCAGGUCAAUACACAGAGGAAGGCCAUUGUUCAGCUCAUUCUGGAGAAGAGAGAGCUGCUGGUGGGACAAAGAGUGAAGAGAGACGGGGGGGUGCUGCGAGGGAGGAAUGGAAAUGGAAAGAAAGCGGCGUCUCAUUUCGAGAUAACCAAAGUCUCCUCUCAGCAAGUGGGAGAGGGUGGCGUCAUUAAGGGUUGGGAGGAGAGGACGUUGAAUAUGAGUAAAGCGGUGAGGUACAACAAGGAACAAGGCACCUUCACCGUGGAGAAAGCGGGCGUCUACUUCCUGUUCUGCCAGGUGUUGUUCAACGAGGAGCAGUCUCAGUAUGUGAAGCUGGAUGUGGUGACCAGCGGCCAGAGGCCUCAGAAGCUGCAGUGCAUGGAGGGUUACGGGACGACUCCCUCCGCCGGGCCGCACCCUUUCCACUUCCUGAAGCCCUGCCAGGUGUCCGGCCUCCUGCGACUGGACAAAGGCACGGAGCUGCAGGCCAUCACGGGCUCGUCCUUCAGACUGCACACCCUGGGCAACCCCUCCGCCUCGCCUCACAUCUUCAGCAUCUUUAAAGUUAACUGAUGAGACUCGUCCGAGAACGACGAAACAAACUUCUCCUUUUCUUCUUCUUUUUUUUUUUUUUAACAUAUUUUGUCGUAUUUUACCCCCCAAAAACAUUUGAUUUGACAGACGGCUCCGACAUUCGUGGAAUCUUUUUUUUUUUUUUUUUGUUUCGCCGUGUGCCGUUUUUUUUGGAACAUAAAAGACACAGACUUUUGGAUUAAAGCCAAGACCCAAAGUGGAUAAAAAUGCCUCGAUCUGCCGAGAGAACAGAUGUGCUGGAAGCUGUGCUGUAGAUAAAGGGCUUCAUAUAAAAAAAAAAAGAGAAAUACCCGGUAUUCAUCUUCGCCUUCGUAUCGUGUAAUAAAAUGUGCGUACACUCCCUUUAUAAGACUGACUGUAAAGCUGUGCAUGCACCUUCCACUUUUAUAUCACCGGUGCCUCAAGAAGCUGAGAGCACGUCUGCAAGCGUCAGAUCUCGACACUAUAAACUCUUGAUUAUUUUAUACAAUGCAGCGUCUGUGUGUGUGUGUGUGUGUGUGUGUGUGUGUGUGUGAGACGUCGGAUGAAUCAAGCAGUUCUCAUUUAUGAUGAUAUUAUUAUCUUUACAACGAGUGUGAAGUCUUUUCUUUCAACACUUUGUAUGUACGUCGCACUAGUUUUUACUUUUUUGAGAUUUUAAAUAACAUGGAUGUGAAUUUGUGCUCUUUUCUAAAGGUCAAAUUUGAUUGUGCGUUAUUUGUAUGUAUAGUAUUAUUGGCUUGCCUUUUGGGGAGUACUUGCAAAGCAUGCAGGUUUAAAUAUAGCCGUCUCUCUUUUCUGCCUUUAUCUGUUCGAUGGCACAAUAACCAUCUCCAAGACAUAUCGUGACUCGUCAGAAAAUAGUUAAUUUACUAGUAAGAGUCAUUCAAUGGUAUUGGAAAAGUUCUCAUGAGUCCAAAUCUAUUGUAAAAGUUGAUAUUAAAUAUUACAGAGAUUUUGUUAUUGGAAAAAAAACAUUGUUUGGGAUCAGAAAAAGACUUAAUAUUGGUGUUAUAAAUACUGUUAAUAUAGACCAAUAAUUUCCUGUCUUGUGAGCAUGAAGGCCGUCCUCUACGUGCUCGUACAUGCUUUUGCGUAUUAGCACUAAACACAAAGUACAGCUGAGGCUAAUGGGAAUGUUAGUGCUGGUUCAGGUAUUAGACCAAAAAUAUAUAUAUAUAUUUCAAUGUUUUUUGCCCUUCAAAAUUGAGUUAGUUUCUUAAAGUCCGAAGUAAAAACAAUGUCUUGACCAAUGCACAGCUCUGAAAGAUCAAACCUGCACCCAUAGGUUUGGGGAAUGACUCUUUGUCUUAUAAAACAUGUUGAUGAACUCACAGACAAUGGAUGGAAGAUUGACCGUUUAAAAAUCCAAAUUAAAUCCAAUAUUCAUCAAAUAUAGCAUCUUAGAGGCCUUGUAGGACCGUCACUUCUUUAUUGUCGGAAAAGAAAUUCCUUCCAUUCUCUCAAAUGCCGCUGCUUUCUGUAAUAUAUCCCGCUACAAUACAAACAGUGUGUGUAUUUCUAGCAGUGGGUUCAGCACUCCCACUCUUGUUUAUAAGUAGUUUUUGUGGACGGACCGCAUUGGUUCCUCCUCAGCACUUUACUGCUGCGAGCGUCGUGUUUUUAAUUGGAGACGAACAUUCACGUUUUUCAAAAAGGAAAAAAUGUCAGAUUUUGAAAUGUAGAUGUUAUAUCCCGUGUGAAUUCCUCAUUGUUUUCCUCUUCGUCCAUUUUGUGUCUCUCACCACCAUCACACCCCCAUGCACCUCAUAUUUCCCUGUCAGCAACCAUCAGACACGGACGCACACACACACACACACACUCCAGCAGCCGUCUACAUUUUCACUUCCUGAAUCUAAACCUGAACCACAUAGCUGAAGGUCUUUCAGAAAAAAGCAUGCACACACACACACACGCGCACGCACACAGUCUUACACACUUCCCUGCCCCGAUUCCUAUUUUUCUAAAUGUCUAAGUGUAUUAUCACAUCGGAAAAUCAUGUGAAGUCUUGUGAAGAAGCUUUCUGUAAAAGGAUGAUUUAUGCAAUCAAUGCCUGGGCGAUCUUUUUCUUCAUGUUGAAUAAACUUCCUACAAAUUUGUUUCUUG